UUUUUUUGACUACUAAACAUUUCAAACGAAGUUUUUCUCCUUUUAUAACAUAUCUCGUAUUACGACGUUACAUCGAACGAUUUUAUAAAUUACACAUAUAUUGUUUUUACAAUAAAAUUAAACAAAUUAAAUCAUUAUUUUUUUUAUAUUACAUACUUACACGAUAUUGGCAAGUUUAUCAUCCGAUGUAUCGUAGUAUGGUCAAAAGUAGUUCCUGAUUUAACCGCGACGAAGUAACAAUGUGGUGAUCUUCUAGGGAUUUUUAAAAUAUCACUAACAUUACGCAAUCACGUCUCGAAGAGAGAAACGCUUAAAGAAGGAACGCUUAGACAAAGAAAUCCUUUAAGCUCUUUCGAUUUGGAAAAUUUGCCAUCAUGGGUCGUAUGCACGCACCAGGGAAAGGUAUAUCCCAGUCAGCUUUACCUUAUCGUAGAAGUGUACCAACUUGGUUAAAGUUAACUCCUGAAGAUUGUAAAGAACUUAUUUAUAAACUAGCAAAGAAAGGAUGUACUCCAUCACAAAUUGGUGUUAUACUUCGUGAUUCUCAUGGAGUUGCCCAGGUAAGAUUUCGUACGGGGAAUAAAAUACUACGUAUUAUUAAAAGUAUGGGCCUUGCUCCAGAUUUACCGGAAGAUUUAUAUCACCUGAUUAAAAGAGCAGUUGGUAUUCGGAAACAUUUAGAAAGAAAUCGCAAGGAUAAAGAUAGUAAAUUUCGAUUAAUUCUUGUUGAAUCGAGAAUUCAUCGUCUUGCAAGAUAUUAUAAGUCAAAGGGUUCACUUCCACCUAAUUGGAAGUACGAGAGUUCUACAGCCAGCGCUUUGGUGGCUUAAUAUAGUCUGUUUAUUAAUAAACAACUUUCGUGUCGAUUUAUGUACAUUUGUAAAUAUAUUCUUUUCUUUUUUUUUUUUUUUUUUUUUUUUAAUUAUUUUUAAUCGAUACUAGUCCAAUCAGACUGCCAUUUAUGACAAUCACUUUUUUACUGUAGUAAAAAUAUAUUUCGUAUUAUAUCAAAUCACCAAAGUAUUGAUUAAAUAACUUUUCGAUUAAUAAUCACAUACAAUCGACCGAAAAUUAUAAAUUUUUAUCUUAAAUCUUUUGUCUGUAUAAGAACUACUAUACAAAUAAUAUUAACACAAUAUCAUUAACAUAAGCAUAAUUUUCAAUAAUCGAUGAAAAACGAGCUUUAAUUAUAAUCAUCAAACUUUUAUAUAAAUUGUUGUCACAUAUUUAUUUUAUAUUAAUAUAAUUAAUAUAAUUGUAGAAUUCGUAACGACUAAAUGACAAUGCCAAAAAAUAAUUAUUUAUGAUCUUGUAAAACGCGCGGAACGUGUAUUUUUCAUCCAAUAUUGUAUAAUAGGCGUAUUUCUAUUUUCAUAUUUAUUUUACUAUAAUAUAUAUUAUUUUUAUUGCUUUAUUUUGUCAAGGUGAAAUACUACUAUUGGAAUACACGAUAUUUGCACAGAGAAUUAUUUUAAAACUCGAUAUAUUGUUAAUAAUAUAUUUUCUUUUAUGUA